GUCACUAAUGUUUGAGGAAAUUAGAAAUGUUCUGUACAAUAUUAAGAAUUGUGUUAAAUGAUCAAUGUGUCAAUGUCUUACAAAAGAACAUACUAUUUAAAAAGGCAUCUCUAUCAUCUAUAGACAUAGAGAGAUUACCUAAAAAGGUUGAUAUGAAACUUAAUUUCUAAUAAUAUGAAGGGUAUUCGGACGUUUGGUGUUGAUGACAGUGUGUCUCGGGAUCAUUUGUGUUUUUCUGCUGCAUGGUCUCCAUCAUAGCGCAGCACAUCUCCAACACAGCAGAGAGAGAAUCUCUGUUCAAGAGUAACAAGAACACAGUCCAAGAGUUCAAUCAGACCAUUAACAGCUUACAGGACAAUUACACUGAACUAAUGACUGAAAAAGACCAACUGAAGAACAACUUCAGCUCUCUGAGUCAGAAGAGACUGGAGCUGGAGACCAGAGUCAAUGAUCUUACGGCUCAGAAAAGCCUGUUACAGAGAAACAUUGAUUCUUUGAGUCAGAAGAAACUGGAGUUAGAAAGCAAAGUCACGUCUUUGAGUGAUGAACUGAAGUUAAAAGCUUUUAAUGAAGGAUAUUUGUGCGGUUUAGAUGGGUUGUUCAUAUCCAAUAAGAAGAUGAGCUGGUCUAAGACCAGGCAGUACUGCAGGGAUCGAGGAGCUGAUCUGGUCAUUAUCGACACUGAAGUGAAGCAGGUGAGUUUGUGUGAGUGUCUGUUCAUGAAUGAGAGGAAUCACACUCAUUCCUGUUUUGUUUUGUUUUUAUUCACACACAGAGGUGCGUAUCUUCAUUCAUCAAGGAUAGAGUGUGGAUUGGUUUGUCUGACAUUGAGCACGAGGGCAAUUUAACAUGGGUGGAUAAUUCACCACUGAAUCAAGGGUUUUGGAGCGAAGGUGAGCCGAAUGAUGAACAUGGAAAGGAGGACUGUGUUGAAAUUAUGUCUUCU